AUGUCGUUUACCACCACGCUUUCUGUGGCGGGGAUGACAUGUUCCGCCUGUGUUAACUCGGUAACGGCUGUUUUGAAGGAGGAACCGGGCGUUGUUUCUGCAGAAGUCUCGUUGAUGACCGAAAGGGCUUUUGUGAAGCACGAUUCCUCUGUUUCGCCUGAAAGGCUACGAGAGGCUAUCGAAGACUGUGGGUUUGAUAGUGCUGUUCUCUCAUCCGAAAAUGCCGAAACGCCUCAAGAUGAUAAUACUUCGGUUUCGCUGCGAAUUUAUGGAAUGACGUGUUCGAGUUGUUCGAAUUCGAUAGAAUCUGUGGUUUCUGAGCUUGAUGGAGUGGCCAGUUGCAACGUUAGUCUGACUACUGAGGAGGCUCGUGUGGUAUUCGACACCAAUAAAGUGGGGAUACGGACCAUCAUUGAGACAAUCGAGGAUUGUGGAUUUGAUGCAAUUGUUAAUAAUGCUCUAGAUUUGACGUCUCAACUGGAACUCCUUUCAAAGAUCAAGGAAAUCCAGUAUUGGAGAGACAAUCUUUUACAGUGUAUAACAGUUGGAGUUCCCGUCUUCUUCUUAGGCCAUAUUUUGCCAAUGAUCAGAAAGCAGGUUUUUCAUGUCAGUCCUCAGGGACUAAGAAUUGGACACGGCGUUUACCUGGAAGAGGUUAUCCAGAUUGUUCUGACCACCUAUAUCCAGAUGCGAGUGGGUAAGAGAUACUACAUUAGUGCCUUUAGUGCUCUCAAACACGGAAGUGGAACUAUGGAUUUGCUUAUUUGCAUUUCCACAACGAUAGCCUACACAUAUUCGGUUAUAUCGAUGUUGCUCGCUUUCUUGACAAAUUCUCAGCAGGAACCAACUGUGCUGUUCGACACCUCUGCCAUGCUGUUUAUCUUUGUCAGUCUGGGUAAAUGGGUUGAAAACAGGGCCAAGGGCCAGACUUCUACUGCUCUUUCCAAGCUUUUGUCAUUGACUCCGUCCACAUGCACCAUAAUAGAGAACUGGGAAUCUGUUUUCUCAGAGGACGGAGAACUGAACGUGGUCGACAUGACCACCAGAAACAUCGGUGUUGACCUCCUGGAGAAGAACGACAUUGCGCUUAUCUUGCCCGGUGCGAAAGUUCCCACAGACGGAGUUUGCAUCUACGGAACCUCCGAAGUUGAUGAGUCUCUGCUCACUGGGGAAUCUUUACCAGUGGUGAAGGGUAAAGGCUCCAGACUAAUCGGUGGGUCUGUAAAUCAGGCAAAUGCCCUCUACAUGCGCGUUCUGCGGGUAGGCGAGAAUACGGAGCUCCAACAGAUAGUCAAGUUGGUUCACAAUGCUCAGAUUGCGAAAGCACCUAUUCAGAGAUAUGCAGACAAGAUUGCGUCUAAGUUCGUUCCAACAAUCUUGGUUUUGUCUCUGCUAACUCUGAUCUCGUGGAUGGGUAUUCUUGGAUGUAUUACGAGUAAGGGAAACGGCUCUACUGCCUCGGUACCCAAGUACUUCUUGGACUCAGAUGGAGAAGUGCUUUUCUCCAAGAUCUUGCUGUUGGCAGUAUCUGUGGUUGUGGUGGCGUGUCCUUGUGCUCUCGGAUUAGCUGCUCCUACAGCCAUCAUGGUAGGUACAGGUGCAGGUGCGAAAUUUGGAGUUUUGCUAAAAGGAGGAGACGUUUUGGAGGCUGCAAAUGGAAUAGAUUGUGUCCUUUUCGAUAAGACCGGAACGAUCACUGCCGGAUUCAUGAAGCUCUCCAACUACGAUUUUAAGAGGGGCCUGUUACAGGAGAAUCUGAAGCUCGGAGAGUCUGAUGUCUGGGCUUUCUUGGGAAUGAUCGAGUCUUCAAGUGAACACCCUAUUGGCAAGGCUAUUACAGAGGUUGCUAAGUCAAAGGUAGGCGACCCCAUUGAGGUGUCACUUGUGGAGUCUCAAGUUCAGAUUGGUUCUGGAAUAUCGGCGGUCGUGAGAUUCAACUACCAGACAUAUGUCUUAAAGGUUGGAAACUACAAAAUGAUGCUCGAGAGCCAUAUCUCCAAUAUCUCAGACUUUCAAGAUGUGGUGAGUGAGGUCGAGUCCAAGGAAAGUUCGGAGCUUUUCUCCCAUUGCUCUACGUUAUCCCAUGUGCUGAUUAACGAUUACUACGUUGGAUACAUGGAGAUGGAGGAUGUUCUAAAGACAGAUGCCCAGUCUACGAUAGCAGAGCUCAUGACAUCGGGGUAUUCGGUAGGAUUGGUCACUGGAGACAACCAGCGUGUUGCUUCUUUCAUUGCUAGAUCCGUUGGAAUUCCCCAGGAAAACUGCUUUGCCAAUUGCAGACCAGACGAGAAACUGGCUUUGGUGAACAAUCUCCAAACGGAGCUCGGUCUAAAAGUUGCAUUUGUGGGCGAUGGAAUCAACGACGCUCCCGCUCUUGUGAAGGCUGAUUUGGGAAUCGCGAUUGCUUCGGGGACAGAUAUCGCCAUAGACUCAGCAGAUGUGGUUCUUCUGUCCAACGAUACUGAAGCAGACACGUCCAAAGGUUUGUGGAGUGUGGUGUCCACGUUUUCGUUAUCCAGAAAAACUUUCAACAGAAUCAGGCUGAAUUUUCUAUGGGCCAUGAUCUAUAAUUUGGUGAUGCUGCCUGUGGCAAUGGGUUUCCUGAUUCCAAUCGGUAUCACUAUGCAUCCCAUGCUGGCGAGUUUGUCAAUGGCUUUUUCGUCUGUGAGUGUUGUUUUGAGCUCUCUUUUACUGAAGACCUGGAAACCACCAAAGGCGACUGUGCAAGUGUCAGACUCGACUUCGGCUGCCGUACAAGAUACAGAAGCUGAUGUUGGCUCAUUGAGCAGAUUCAAAGUAAAUAGAAGAAAGGCGGGGUUUAUGAGUCGUUUGGGAAUGCCUUUCAGCUAUUGGGGUACCAGGCAGCAGAAUUCGGGGGAUUAUGAGCUUCUACAGCAAUAA